GAUUGUGUAAUGCUUAAUUAAACAAACUAAAGAGAGGCGUGUUUGUGUACAUAAGUAUAUAUAUACAACGCUAGCAAGAGUAAUGGCUGAGCAAGCUGACAUUAAGACUGGAAAGUACUUCAAAACCCUCUUGGAUGAGAAGUUUAAGUACUACGAGGUUCUGAUACCUAACGAGUUCACCCCCAAACAACCCUGGGGAAGCUUCCCUCAAGACAAGUGGGAUGAACUAAGUGACCUAGGAGCUCGAGGGCAAUGCUACCCAGAAUGCUUACUGAACAGUGAUGCUGACCCCACUACACACAUCCCUAUAUAUCGUGUAUCCCAUAUUACACAUGAUGAGCCAGCAAACAGCAUCGAUUCUACAUUGCCACAAGGCUACUACACGUUCAAGACAAGGGCCAGACUAGGAAAACAAGGGAAUCUAACUUGGGACGAGGCUACAAGCUACGGUGGAGCAUUAGGAGAAACAUACAAACGAAUUGGAAAAGACAGAUUUGAGCAACUCCAGCGAUCAGAAGCGAGCCCUGUGUUCCCGGGUUAUCUAUCGUGGUGGGGAAUCGAUGUCAAGCCAUUUUAUGAGAAACAGAAGGGCAGAAGAUUGAAUUCUCAUAUUAACGAUAUCAAGAGGAAAAGCUACUAUGUGCCUGACUAUCUAAAGGAUAAGCCAAGUUCAAUGUACGGCAACAACUCCUACAGUAUAACAUUUCCUGACCUACUGACCAGCUAUCAGACAGCGAGAGACGAUAAGCCUGGGCGUAAAGUACAGCUUAAAGUAGGAGGAACUUUAUUGUAUAAGCAGGAAAUUUGCUACGUAGUGAUGGUUGGUCUAGAAGGAGACGAAGAGCUCAGAUCAAUGCCUUCUAUCGGGGAUUACAAACAAUUCCAACACAAUGGGCUUAUUAAUUCUGAAGGAGUAAUCAUCAAUCCACAUAAAACACCGAAUUUCAAAGCAUUUUUUAUCGUUAGCAGUUGGGAGAAUGAAAAGUUCAACUGGGAGCAACUAGUGUUCACACUGUAUUUCCCCAAACCAGAGCAAAAGCUCAGUUGCCAAAAGGAGCUAGUUCAAACCAGUUCUGUGGACCAUACGCUCUGCAUUUCUACUCAACCACCCCCUAAUGGAGGAAAAUGGGUGUGUCCAAACAAACUUUCAAGAGAAAAAUAAACAUAGAAAUACGCAGAUUCAGAGACUAAAACUAUUAAUUUACAAAAUUAAUGUGUGAGUGAUAUAAACAUACAUUGUCAUUGUCAUUGUCAUUGCCCUGUGUUUCAUCUGUGCUGUUUCUUG